CCCGGCAGGCCAGUACAUCUCGGGCCCCACAGCCCUGCUCGGCCUUUCUCUGCAGCCAGGCCUCACAGGACGAAGGGACCUCACUCAGUAUCCGCUACUGCUUGGACAGGCAAAAAGAGCGUGGGUGGGGCCGGAGAAGCGUGCAGCGGAUCACUGCCUACAGAGAGAUGAUUGCAGUCCUUCUUUGCACAACCAUUGCUGCCAUUCUAUUCAGGAGGCACUUCCUAAUGGCGCUGAUUUCAUGUUUACUCUGGAGUACAUUUGGCUUUAGUACAGCUGUGGACUCUAAACCCAACAUACUUUUGUUCCUGGCUGAUGAUCUCGGCAUUGGAGAUGUAGGAUGUUAUGGGAACAAUACCAUAAGGACCCCAAACAUUGACCGCCUGGCAAGAGAAGGAGUGAAGCUUACUCAGCACAUUGCUGCAGCUUCGCUCUGUACUCCAAGCAGAGCAGCUUUUCUCACUGGCAGAUACCCCAUCAGAUCAGGAAUGGCUUCCAACAAUCGAUACCGAGCACUGCAAUGGAAUGCUGGAUCGGGAGGGCUCCCUGCAAAUGAAACAACUUUUGCCAGACUUCUACAGCAACAAGGCUAUAGUACUGGGCUGAUAGGAAAGUGGCAUCAAGGUGUAAACUGUGAAUCCUUCAAUGAUCAUUGUCACCAUCCCCUAAAUCAUGGGUUUGACUACUUUUAUGGCAUGCCUUUUACACUUAUAAACAACUGUCAAGAAAACAAACCUCCAGAGAUGGAUGUAGCCCUUCAAGACAAGCUUUGGCUUUACAGUCAGAUAAUUGCCCUUGCUCUGCUUACUCUUGCUGCUGGAAGACUGACUGGUUUGGUUUACAUCCGCUGGAAGAUACUUGCCUGUUUCACGUUGGUGGGCUGCCUUUUCUUCAUUUCUUGGUACUCCAGUUAUGGCUUUGUGCAGCGUUGGAACUGCAUCCUAAUGAGGAACCAUGAUAUCACUGAGCAGCCAAUGAGAUUAGAGAGGACUGCUUCCCUCAUGCUGAAGGAGGCAGUAUCAUUUAUCAAAAGAAACAGACAUGGACCAUUCCUUCUCUUUGUUUCAUUUCUUCAUGUUCACACACCUCUCUUCACCACAGCGAAAUUUCUUGGGAAAAGCCAUCAUGGUUUGUAUGGAGACAAUGUAGAAGAAAUGGACUGGAUGGUGGGCAAAAUUUUAGACUUGCUUGACAAGGAAGGUUUGAAAAAUCACACAUUCACAUACUUUGCCUCUGAUCAUGGAGGACACUUGGAAGCUCAGGAUGGUUCUGCCCAGAUGGGUGGCUGGAAUGGCAUUUAUAAAGGUGGAAAAGGCAUGGGAGGUUGGGAAGGAGGGAUCCGUGUGCCAGGAAUAUUCAGGUGGCCAGGAGUGUUACCUGCAGGCAUUGUUAUCAAUGAGCCUACGAGUCUGAUGGAUAUUUUUCCCACAGUUGUUCAUCUGGCUGGAGGAAGAUUGCCACAGGACAGGGUAAUUGAUGGACGAAACUUGAUGCCUUUACUCCAAGGAAGAACUCAAAAGUCAGAGCAUAAGUUUCUCUUUCACUAUUGUGGAUCCUACUUGCAUGCAGUUCGGUGGCACCAAAAGGACAGUGGAGCUGUCUGGAAGGCUCAUUAUGUGACCCCAGUCUUUCAUCCAGCUGGGGCUGGGGCUUGUUAUGGAAAAAGAAUUUGCCCAUGUUUUGGGGAAGGCGUGACCCAUCAUGACCCUCCACUACUGUAUGACCUCUCACGAGACCCUUCUGAGUCCCAGCCUCUGUCAGCUGAUACUGAGCCCCUCUUUGACACUGUAAUAGAGCAGAUUGGGAGGGCCAUUGAAGAGCACCGCAGGACACUGACUGCAGUCCCACAGCAGCUCUCCAGGUACAACAUCAUCUGGAAGCCGUGGCUGCAGCCUUGUUGUGGGAUGUUCCCGUUCUGUUGGUGUGACAAAGAAGGUGAAAGCACACAGAGUUUGUGAGAUGGAUGACUGCUAACACAUCCUUUGGUGCUGAGUCCUUUGCUGACCAAGCUUUCAGAAAAUAAUCAUCUCCUUCAUCUUGCAAGCCAAGUGAAUGAAAAUAAAGUAAUUUUGAGUAGAGAUUUACCCUUUUAUUCUUCACCACUAAAAAAGAUUUAAGGAAAUCCUGUCCAGUGUGGUAAAGGACUUGAGUGGAGACAGUUUUUUUACAGAUUUAGAUGUAAGAGACAGCUGUAGAGGGAUAUGCCUAAAUUCUGUCUAGUUCAUGCCUGCUCAAGCAGGACAAUUUGGAGAACUCUGAAGAAACUCUAGUAUGUCAUGCUGACUUAGAUAAAUCUCUGUAUGAUUGCAGCUGUGCUCCUGUGGUCUGUGAUUCAGGGGCAUUCUCUAUCCAGCAUAGUAGUUUGUCAUUAUUGGUUUCUGAAUUUUUCUAUCAUCUUUGCAAAAGUACAUUGAGAUGUGAAAUUAUGAUUUUGUCAGGGAUAGUUCUCGUGCAACUUUACUUGACUGACAAUAACACAUAUCACAAAAAAGUAUGAAGUUGCAAAUGUUGAAGACCAGUAUAACUCUGCAACAGUGACAAAGAAGAGGGAAGUAAUCUGCUCUUCAGUAGGAGGUCCUGAUGCAGAUUAUGUUGGCACACAGUAGUUUUAUUGUAUAAAAGUUGCCAACAAAAAUGUUUUGAAUAAAUAGCAUGCACUGUUUCAAAGUCAGUUAGCAAAAUGUGGUCCUUUUGAGGCUCAUAGGAAUUAAUGUUUAAAAGAUUUGGCAGUCAUAUGCCUAUAUUUACAAACCAUAGAUCCUAAGAAGGGAUCAUGCCAGUACUAGUUUAAAAGAAAACAGGGACCAAUCAACCAAGCAAAAACCUAGUGGUAUGACCCUGGCUAGGCUUUCUAUGGAGGCACAUGACUGUACUGAAGCUUGCAGUGAAAUUGCAGAGACUUUAAUGCUUUAAACUGUACUAUUGACUGUUCUUCACAGGAUGAAGUCAGGUUUUAUUAAAAGCAUACUGCUAAAACUCUGUACAGAAAUUGGGUUUUGAAGUGAGUUAACGGAAAGUGAUUGUUUAUAGGUUUUGCAGAUAUUUUUUUUUCUUUUUUCUCCCCUUACAGCUGCCCCUACAAACAUUUUACUUGCUCAGCCAGUCUAUUUGUUUCAGUUUUCUUAUCUCAGUGUUUUUUUUCAUAAGCAUUACUUAGAGAUGAUACAAAUUUCUGUUUGUGUCAUUUCAGUCUG